GAGCCGUGUAAGAAAAAGAACUUAGAGAUCUUAGGAGGAAACACCCAACAGAUGUGGAUAGAGGAUUUAGAUUAUUUUUUUGAAUCUUGGGAUGAACGAACAUUAUUAAUUGAUGAAUCGGUUGACGACAUAGUGGGAAGGAAACGACCAUUACUCAUUGGAUCGGUUGAUGACGUGGAGAACUUUCAUGACCUUUACGAAGAUAUUGAAGAAGUACCUCAUUAUUUCAAAAAGAUAAUGAGAACAUUAAUAAAAAGGUCGAAAAAUAAUAAGGUGAAAAAGAAUGUUAUAUCUGACUAUUUCACGCCUGUUAUUUUCAACGUGGAUUCUGAGGUCUCUUCCGUCGAUCAACCGCAAAGUAAAUAA